AACCAAGAUGUUAAAUUUUAUAGGGUACUACUAAUUAAAGUCAGAGAAUUGAUAGCAAUUGUGUGUAAUGAAAAAUAAAUAAAGGGAAAGGGUAGUAGCGGCAUAUUAUUGCAAGGAAAAAUCCAACGUCAAAAUGGAAGACGACCCGUGGGAGCUCCGCAACGACGACGGCUUCGUCUUCAAGCGCAAGCGCCGCCGCAUCCACUCCCCCUCGCCGCCCUCCGUUCCCGACCAAGAGCCGGCGGAUACGCUCCUGAGAGAGCGGAAGAAACAAACCCUAUUGAAGCUCAAAUCUAAGUACGAGAAAGAGAUUCUUCUUUGGGAAACCUUGUUGAACACCUUGCGCUCAAUGCAACAACGCACCACUCAACAACAUCCCCAACCAAACCUAUCCCUAUCUCUUCCUUCUACUUCCUCGUCCUCCGAUUCCGCCGGUAGCUCCCUCCUCCACGACCUCCUAUUGCAGGUGGAGGCGCAGGAAGCAAUAAUUCGUGAUGUGUCAAAUUUAUGCGACAUAGCAGAAACAGUGUGCGUUAAGAGAGAAGAACAGCUUAAACAAACCUUGUUUGAUCUUCCAAUCUGGGCUUCGCCGCUCGAACUUAUGCAAGGGUUAUAUGAUGGUGUUGAUGAUUGAAGCUGCUACUGCAUUACAUACACUCUUGGUUAUGAAUGUGAAGAAGCAGAAAAGAAAAGAAAAAGGAUGGUCUUCACACUAGCAAUUUUAUUAUUUGUAAGUGUAACUCUGUAGUAGUGGCACGGUGAUGUCUUGUAGAUUAGGCAUUUGGGCAGAGUGGUAAAUAUCUUUAGAUUGAAUUGUUAUCGACUAUAUCGAAUGAAUGAUGAGCAUAAAUGAUGAAUUUAAAAGGUGGGGGAGGCUAAGAUGGAAUCCUGUGGUUUUGUAUAAAGUUCAUUAAUUUCUAGAAUCUAAUGCCAUUAUGUGAUUGAUUUCUUGCUGUUGCUUCUCUUUUUGAGUAUGAUAAGACACUAUUUUUGUUUAUCCUUA